AGUAAGAUCACGAUAAACUGAGGAAAAGGGGAAUAAUGAUGAUGAUAACGAUAGUAAAAGAGGGCGGAUAAUAACAGGACGUAACCCAGCUAUUUCCCUGUUGCAUAACCCGGGGCUAAUUCUGAAACCUUUAUAUAACGAAUGUCUCUCAGUCUUCUCCAAAAUUCAUAAACCUCACCAAGGUUAGUGGAGCAACAGAGAGAGAAAAGACAAGACUCUUCUUUUCGUGUCUCUUGCUUUAAGAAAUGUAAAUCGUUCACAGAUACCAUGAUGUUUACUAUGAAGGUCGUGGCGGUGGCCUUGGUGUGCUUGCUGGGCGUGGCGACGGUCAGGUGCACGACGUCGGAGGAGGACGUCGAGGCGGCUCCCGGGAACGACCUGUCGCCCUCGGAGGAGCACGAGGCCCUCGACGGUGGCGACAGCGGACGAGGCGAGAGGGUUUUCGCCUAUUAUGCCUCGACGACCACGACCCGGCUCAUGACCUCGACCCUGACGGCGCUCUCCACCUGCCUCUCCACCUCAGCUGGCGGCCCCGCGUGCAAGAGGCGGAAGAGGAGGUCCGCCGCCAUGGCCGCCGUCAUCGACGAGGUUCCAGACGCGAUCCUGUCCUUGGGCGGGACCCUCGAGGACGUCGUGAAUCUGGAGGAGCUUUCGAGGCAGCAGAGGGACGCCCUCCAGAGAGACGACCGCAGACUCACCAUCUGGACGACCAACUUCACCACCCUCACCCUCACCACGACGUCCUACCUUGCCGGAACGACCGUCACGGCCACAGCCUACUGCCUGACUCCCCUCCUCGCGCAAGGUUGCUUCGGGAAGUGAUUGCGGCGCCCCUCGCUCCCCACCUCGUGUCGGCCGCUCGUCCCCGCUCGCCACGACGACAGGCGGCUCGAGACGACCUCCGGCGGCUCCUUCCCAAUCCUCAGUCAAGCUGGACGAAAUAGCGUCCAUCUCCUCCACGAAAAAGGUCCCCGGUACAGCCGACCGCCGGAGCGCCCGCGCAUGUCGCAGCGGCCAGCGGGACGACCUGGCCCUCGUCACGUCGCCUUCUGCCAUCGCUGUAAGCUCCUUCUCGAGUAAUAUUUAUUGUUGAGUGAAUGUUUGGAAUCUCCUCCUCAUGUAUCAUACUAGUUUGAAUAAACUCAUUUUAUAGUACAUCAAA